AUGGACCCUUGUCGAAAAUGCUCGCAACUUGUCGUCGACAAAACCCAUAUGCGAUGGAGCAUCUGUACACCAUGCCUCAGCCAAAAGAUACUGGAGACUCCAAAGUCACACAAACGAAUGCUCGAGCAAGAAAUCGCAUCUCGCGCUGCCUAUGACGCGUAUGAGAUCGCCCUACCUGCCAAGAAGCCAGAAACCGAGGAAGAAAAAUCGCGAAGAGAGAGGCAGGAGCAGAUCGAGAGAUGGCAGAAAGCUCUACGAGACGAUGAAGCACGACUGGCCAAGGAACGGGUGGGAAAGCAGUCUAGAUCGCCAUUUGAAUUUGACCUCAAAGCUUCGAAAAACAACUUGUUGUUGGGGAGUAUCUUAGCAGACUGUGCUACAAUUAUCCAUGCUGCGACUAUCAAGGAGAAGGACGAAAUGUGCCAAACUCAAAUGAAUCGAGUCCCAAACAUCGCCACCAGCAUCAUUAAAGUUCCAAUACAUAAACCAGAAUACGACGAGAACGCCGCCGGGAAAUCUUCCAAUGUCGAAGGUUUUAAACUCGCAAACUCAAUCGUUGACCACAUAAAUAUGGCAGUUGGUCAUAACAUCAGAAAAAAAUAUCAAGAAACUUGCGUUCAGGACCUCACGGCAAAUCUAGGCUUUUUUGGAUCAUGGUCAGCCAGAUCCAUUGGAACAAUUGCCAAAAGCAGGUAUCAGAUGCCGACGGAAACCAUUAAAACCGCGAGCAUCAUUCUACCAACGAGAACCAUUCUGAGCGAUAGUACGAUGGAAACUAAUGUGAAAGUUGCCAGAAAGGAGGAGGAGGAAUUGAACUCUGCGAGCCAGGAAAGCGACGAUGAAAAUUGGGACUUCGAGCUCGACGAACUCAGUCUCGAAGAAUUGGAAGAGGACCAGGAGAUACUUGAGGAAACACCUCAUCAACAACAAAGCUUCACCGAUAGUUUUGAGGCUCAGAUUGCAUAA